AUGCUGGCCGAGACAUCAAAUAACAGAGAACAGUCGACCGAUAGUGAGAAAAUUACAGAGAGAUUGAGACGGAGAAACCCCGUGGGAACCACCAGUAUCCCUUACACUCCUCCACCGCAAGCACCCCCUCCUCCUCCAGCAAAUCCUUCAGCAUCCCCUCCUCGUCCUCCCCGAUCACCUCUUCGACCCAUCUUCCCUCCUAAUUUCCCUCCUUCGUAUGCUGCUGUCAUCGCUCAUCAUGCAUCCACGUCCGGUCAGAUCGAUCGUGACAUACUGCGCGAGAGAUCAUACUGGAAGAGGAAAGAUCUGAAGUGGAUUGGGUAG